AUGACCGAAUGCCGAGUCACGUAUCGAACGGCCUUUGAUCGUGAACUGCGAGCGUUUGUGGUGAAACAGCUGGUCAAGUAUUUGCUGUUGAUACGUGGCCAAGUACCGUGUUUGUAUGACGAGCUGCCGAAGUUUGUCGAGCGUUUUCGACUGGAGGAACAGAUGGGUCCAUUGAAUGGAAAAAGGCUGCCGCUUCGUGAAGGGCUCAAGAAGGCAGUCAAGUGUGUGGAGGCAGCUGAGCAGUUGUUUCAAGUCCACUUGGAUGCUAUUUUUGCACUGCAAGUUAAGAGAGUGGCGCUCGUGUUUGGAUCGUCAACAAUCAGUCCGCGCGAGGUCUUCAUUGUCGAAUUUAAAGAUGUGAAGGAUGCAGAAGUGUUGCUGUCUGGUGCUGUUCCCUCGCCAGCGCGCAGUGGCCUGACAGAUGACUCACUUGAAGACUCAGAGACGAUGGCGGUGCCGUCACGCGUGAUGACCAGAGAAAAAUUGAUGCACUUGUGUGCGCAAAAAUGCAUGCGUGCAUUGUUUGUGCAUUCUAUGCAGCAUUUUUCGAGAGCCUUACCGGCAACAAAGUUGCAUGUUGCAGUGCUAGCGGAUCGACAAGCCGCGCGUGUUGCAGGGUUUAUUCCGAAGCAGCAUUUCAAGCUUCGACUUCCGAAAGAUAAGCGUGGAGUGAGAACGCACUAUGUGACGAUAUGCAGUAAGCUCGCUUGCAAGAAAGACUCGCAGCAGCUGGAUGCAGUGGAAAGCACGUACAACAAUACGAGCAAACCAAGUGGACGUGCUGGUGAGGUGGAACCCAUGAGCAUUCACAAACCUGCGAACACCAACGAGUCAGACAUGCUCUGGCACGUCCUCGAACUGCCGAUUCCAGGCUUUUCGGAGGUCAUCAAUACUCGUGAAGGCCAAUAG